GUCAGUUCCCGGAGUGCCUUGCGGCUAUAAUGGCUGCCGCCAGCGGUCGCGCGGUUACGCUACUUCGGGUGGUGUUUGGGGUCCGGCAGUUGGGCCCCACUGCUGCAAGAGAGUGGGGGGCCCGGCUCUCCUCGCUCUUUGACUGUCAGCGGAGGUGCGUGUCCUGUUUCGCGGGCGCCUCCUUCUCUGGUCCCCGCCUGGCCUCUGCCUCUCGCCAUCAUGGCCAGAGCUCAGCCAUGGACUGCUUUCUUGGACUCUCUCAGCCAGACGGUUCGUUGACUUCUCGCCCUCCCGGCGUGUCCAUGCACAGAGAUGAGCAGGAUCUGCUCUUGGUCCAUCGUCCCGACAUGCCUGAGAACCCCCGCGUCCUACGAGUGGUCCUCCUGGGUGCCCCGAAUGCAGGGAAGUCAACACUCUCCAACCAGCUGCUGGGUCGGAAAGUGUUCCCUGUCUCCAAGAAGGUGCACACCACUCGCUGCCAAGCUCUGGGGGUCAUCACAGAGAAAGAGGCCCAGGUGAUUCUACUUGACACACCUGGCCUCAUCAGCCCUGUUAAACAGAAAAGGCAUCACCUGGAGCUUUCCUUGUUGGAAGAUCCAUGGAAGAGCAUGGAAUCUGCUGAUCUGGUUGUGGUUCUCGUGGAUGUGUCAGACAAGUGGACUCGGAACCAGCUCAGCCCCCAGGUGCUCCAGUGCCUGACCCAGUUCUCCCAAGUCCCGAGCAUCCUUGUCAUGAACAAGGUAGAUUGCCUGAAGCAGAAGUCCGUUCUCCUGGAGCUCACAGCAGCCCUUACUGAAGGUGUGGUCAAUGGCAAGAAACUCAAGAUGAGGCAGGCCCUUCGCUCACAGCCUGGCACUCCUUGCCCCAGCCCAGCAGUUAAGGGCCCAAACACACAGUCUGUGGGAGGCCCUCAGAGGAUUGGCUGGCCCCACUUCCAGGAGAUCUUCAUGUUGUCAGCCCUAAGCCAGGAGGAUGUGAAAACACUAAAGCAGUACCUCCUGGCACAGGCCCGGCCAGGACCCUGGGAAUUCCACAGCGGAGUCCUCACUAGCCAGACACCUGAGGAGAUCUGUGCCAACAUCAUCCGAGAGAAGCUCCUAGAGCACCUGCCCCAGGAGAUGCCCUACAGUGUGCAGCAGAGGACAGUGAUGUGGGAGGAAGGCCCAAGCGGGGAGCUGGUGAUCGAACAGAAGCUUCUGGUGCCCAAAAAAUCUCACGUGGCUUGUGUCUCUCUCUCUUACCCCACCCUCAGAGGAUCCUGAUUGGUCCAAAGGGGCACUUGAUCUCCCAGAUUGCGCAGGAGGUGAGCCGCGACCUCAUGGACAUCUUCCUCUGCGAUGUUCGGCUCCGCCUCUCUGUGAAGCUUCUCCAGUGACCUCCCACUGCUGCCUCUCCCAAGGCAUCCCAGUCAGAGCUGCUGGCAGGAGCCACUGACCAGAAUGGCCCCUGCCCAGGGACUGGUGAGAGGCAUGGACACUGCCUGACUUUGACUGACGGCUGGCUUGGCCGUACUGAGUCUGCCUAGCCCUGCCUGACCACGUCUCCUGUUGGAGGAAGGAACUUAGCUCGGUUCCCAGGUCCUUCCUCUGCCUGGGGUCCCAGCUGCUUAGGUCUAGAAGUUGGCUCUUUGGUAGGAACGAUGCCAUCCUGCUUCUAGCUGGCAUGGAACCCAGAGUUCCUCCCUGAGUUGCUAGUUUCAGCAGAGAGGGCUUUCUCCUGUCCCCUCAGGUCCUCUACCUUGAAGCUAUGCAUAAGGACUUUUGGGUCCUAAGUGAGAUAGUGCCACUCGCCCCAUCCCUCUCCCCAGUCUCGAACGCUAAUAAAAUUAAAAGACAAGGA